GAUAAUCUUCUCCUUUCUCCUCUCUCCCUCCCCGGCAGGAAACGGCCGAAACAGAGGACUAGAACUGGAGACAGGCUGAACUGAGUGUGUGUGUGUGUGUGUGUGUGGCGCUCUUUCUCUUAAUUGGCUUUUCAUUUUGCGGAGAAUGAGAUUUGGCCUUGGUAUGUGUCGCAGCAUGAGGCAUUAAUCAACACUGGCUUAAGCCACACGAAUGACUGAUGGAAGCAGUUCUGCCAGAAUUUGCUCAGAACAAAAUUGCUAAGCUGGCAGCACUGGAUGGAAGGCCACCUUAGUUCCUUAGUUAAAGUUAAAGUUCCUUACUUUUGACACAACAACAUAACCUAAAACUUGUUCCAAUAUUUACAUGAAUGUAUAGAGGAAUCACCAUGAAUCUGCAAAAUUGUAUGGUAGCCUUUUUGAAUGAGUUCUGCGCGAAAUUCAAAUGGCCGUUGGCCACGUACGAAGUGCUUCCGAAGCGCAAUGGCUUUUUUUGUAUGCUGAAGCUGAAAGAUGUGUCUGCCACUGGCGAGGGCGCCUCGAAGAAUAUGGCCAAACAGGUGGCGGCUCUGUGCGUGUGGAAGAAGAUACUCAAGAUACCGGUGAUCAGUGCCAUCCUGAACCAGUCCGAUGCCUCGCCGAUGAUGGCCACCAGCGCCCUUGCCUUGUUCGGGGAGGACCAUUUGCUGAGCCUCAAGCAGCGCAAGAAGCUGCGCGACCUCCUGGUCCUCGUGGCGACCAACAUCGAAGGCGAGCCACUUCCCAUCGCAGAGCCCAUCGCAGAACACAUCGUAGAACCCAUCGCAGAGUCCAUCCCCAUCCCGAAGAAGACUCCAGCGAGCCUUGGAAUCUACGAACUGCCGUAUCCGGAUGUCGGUCCUGUUGUGAAGAAUCAGCAGACUUUGAAGUGUACGGCUGAGGCAAAGGUACCUCCUCUUAUGCACGUCAAGCCCAACCCAUCCACCAUCCGAAAGAAAGCUCCAGAGAGCCUGGGAAACAACAGGAGUCCGUAUCCGUAUGAGGAGGCUGCUGAGAAGACAGUCAGCGGAAAUUCCCUCAAGCUGGAGCCUCGUUAUGGGCGAAAUAUACCCGACCCCGGCCCCACCUCAUACGGCGUGCGCACCCACCUCUUGCAAGAUGAUUAUUUUUUUAAAUUUCCCAAAGAUCUCAAAGAGGCUGCAUUUAAGGUCAUCAACUCCAAGGACUUUGAGACCAAGAAGGAACAGGCCGAGGCCCUGCUGGCCGCCCUGCAGCUGAACUACACCAUGGCCCCGGUGCCGUGCAAGAACACCAAAGAUCCGCUCGUCUCAGUGACGCUCCACUGUGAUUAUAAUGGGCUGUUUAUAGACCAAAAGAGCAACAUAUAUAACUUUAUCAUCGAGUACCUCAACGAUAUGCUUCGCUAAAAGCAAAAGACAGCAAAAAAGAAGUGUAUCCAAGACAAGGAGACCCCUAAGAAGGAUGUACUUUUAUUACUGUAACAUUUAGAAGGAUCUCAGGGAUACAAAUUUCAAAUAAAUCUUACUAUAGCCAUUCUCCGGCUAUAAUAGUGAUUA